GAAAGCGACGUCGGGGUCAAUGAAAACAAACGGGGAGCCUAGGGAAGGAAGGCGGGCGAGGAGGAGGCCGCGCCGGGGCGCGGGAGGAGACAGCAGGCCGCGGAAGGGCGAAGGAAGGGCGGCGGCGGCGGCGGUGGUGGUCGCGUGUUGGGGGUCGCCGCCGCCGAGGCCGGCCCGGGGAUGUCCGCGCCCGCGCCGGGCGGCGCCCGAGCUCCACGCGACGCCCGCCGUCCCGGCCUCUGAGGGCCGCCACGUCCCGGCGGCGCGUGCGGCCCGAGGGCGGUUUCGGGCCGGCGGGGGCUCCGUGGAGGGGCCCGGGGGCAGGAGGCCCCGCGCCCACCCCGUCAGCGCGGCCGGGACCGCCAGGAGGAUGCGCGCUGCCGGGCUCUGAAGCAUGGAGGGGGUUCUGUACAAGUGGACCAACUAUCUCACAGGUUGGCAGCCUCGCUGGUUUGUUUUAGAUAAUGGGAUCCUAUCCUACUAUGAUUCACAGGAUGAUGUUUGCAAAGGGAGCAAAGGAAGUAUAAAGAUGGCAGUUUGUGAAAUUAAAGUUCAUCCAGCAGAUAACACAAGAAUGGAACUAAUCAUUCCGGGAGAGCAGCAUUUCUACAUGAAGGCGGUAAAUGCAGCUGAAAGACAGAGGUGGCUGGUUGCUCUGGGGAGCUCCAAGGCAUGUUUGACUGACACUAGGACUAAAAAAGAAAAAGAAAUAAGUGAAACGAGCGAAUCUCUGAAAACCAAAAUGUCUGAACUUCGCCUCUACUGUGACCUCCUAAUGCAGCAGGUUCAUACAAUCCAGGAAUUUGUUCACCAUGAUGAGAAUCACUCAUCUCCCAGCAUAGAGAACAUGAAUGAAGCCUCUUCUCUGCUUAGUGCUACAUGUAAUACAUUCAUCACAACACUUGAGGAGUGUGUGAAGAUAGCGAAUGCCAAGUUUAAACCUGAGAUGUUUCAACUGUCCCAUCCGGAUCCCUUGAUUUCUCCUGUGUCUCCUUCUCCUGUUCAAAUGAUGAAACGUUCCAUCAGCCACCCUGGUUCCUGCAGUUCAGAGAGGAGUAGCUGCUCUGUCAAAGAACCAGUACCUGCACUUCACCGACUCUCCCGACGCCGAAGAACCUACUCGGAUACAGACUCUUGUAAUGAUAUUCCUCCUGAGGACCCAGAUAGACCUGUUCACUGUUCAAGAAAUACACUUAAUGGAGAUUUGGCAUCAGCAACCAUUCCUGAAGAAAGCAGACUUAUGGCCAAAAACAACUCUGAAAAGGAAGAUCCUCUUCCAUCGUUCACUUCCUGAGGAAACUGAAGUGUUCAACUUCCUCUAAGUAUUGCUAUGCAAAAGCUGCUGUAAUUAAACCUGUCAUAGGGAGUAGUUUUUCCCUCUACUUAGGAUUUCUCUGCACUUUAUAGAAUAUUGUAAAACAGACAAACAAAAACAACCCACAUACUUUUGAAGUGUAUUUUAUCUUUAUAUCGUUUAUUUGCAAGAGUAUUUUCCUAAUAACUUCACAGUAUGAAUGUGCAUCUUUUUUUUUUUUUAAAUAAAUGAUGGUGUAACAUUUUGACAUCCAUAAGGACAGAUAUUUUUCUAAAAAAACUGUGAGGGACUGACAGCUUGUCAGUUUGUAUUGUAGCAUAUAAAGAAGAAAUUUCACAUGGUUUCAGUUUGACCAAGGUGUGAUAUAUGUAACUUGUGCCAUGGACCAAAAGGUCACUUUACCCUAGAUUUAAAUGAGUUACGAUAGCAGUUUGAUGGUGAUUGUAUUAUAUUCCUUUAAGCAAAAAGGAAACACUUAAUAUUCUUAAUAUCUUUAGCCCAAAUACCAUGACAUGUUGAGCAUUUUAAAAAAUCAGACUGUGUUGUCCUUCAUAUGUGAAGUUGAUUGACACUACUGAUUUGUCAAUACCAAAAAUUGGGUUAAAAUAUUUAAUUUUUAUUUAUUUAUUUUGUUGCAUCAAAAUAUGACUGCAUUCUAACUUCUAUGACCUACCAAAUUUAAGAUAUGUAUACAUUGUUAUUUACACUGUUCUACAAAAGAGGCUAAUGUUAUAGUGACUGUGCUCACUUACACCAGAGAAAUAAAUGAUUGUCAAUGGAAGAGGAUUUUAGUGCUUCUUCUUUUUUUUUUUUUCCUAAAAUAGACAUUAAGCUGCUGUUGUAAGGUAUUGUUUGCAACUCUUUAGAAUAUUUAGAGACAUUUUUAUUUAUGAAUAUUUAUAUACAAAAAAGGAAUUCUGUCAAGGUGACUGUUCUAUAUCACUUGAGAAUGACAUUAUUUAAUUAAAGAGCAAAUAGCAUUUAUUGGUAGUGUCUGUCCAUAUCUGUUGUCAGUAUUUACCUGGUAAUCUGUUUUUUUUUUUAUUUUUUAAUUUUACUUUGGGAUGAUAGUUUUGUUCAAGGUUUUAAAUGAAAAGCACUUUAAACAAAUUGGAUUGAUGUUUUUAAGUUAAUCAUGUUUAAUAAAUACAUGGUUUUACAUUUAAACUCAUCAUAUAAUACAUUGUAUUUUUUAUAUUCA